AUUAGAGGUAGAAUCAGAAUCAAUUUGCUUCAAAAAAGGCUAACCAUAAAUCCCGACUACUCGGGGAGUUGAUUAAUACGCUCCUAUUUUGUGCUUUUAUUACGUAAUCUUAAAUGCGAAUGACUACCUACCUAGGUAUGUACCCAUACAGCCAAACAUACCACAACUUCAAACUACUCGAAAAUAUAUAUAAAAGAUCUGUUAGCCUAGGAAAUUGGACGCAACCGAUAAAUUUUCAUACAAACUUUGUUGGAUCACGGAGUUAGUACUCCGUAUUGUGGCCGAAGGCGGGAGUGGUGACAUGCCUGAUCAGGGGAAACCGAAAUUAUGACCUCAUAGAUCUACCAUCGUCGCGUCACGUCCUAACCAAAUUUCAUAUUCCCAUAUCUUACUUAAACAAUACACAUAGCUAAAUAGGAUUUCUUUAAUAUCUACAUCGACUUCCGUUUCUAUCCCAACUAUCUCAAUUAAUAAUUAUAUCAAGUUUCGCAACAUAUCAAUAUGUCUUCGCACGGAAGCUCCAACACUGGAUCCAAGACAUCCACAGGAAUGUCCUCACAGGUCAAAACCCCUGCUACUGCGGGUAUUGGUGAGGAUAAGCCCAAGAUGUUCGACGCCCAGGGCUCGAUUGGAAAGCAAUUUACCGAGGGCGGCGCUAUCGGUGGUACGGCGCAGAAGGUCGGCGGACCGUUAGAUAAAGAAGGCAUGAUCGGGAAGCAAUUUACCUCCGAAGGUAGUAUCGGCGGAUCCGUACAAUCCACUCUCGGAGGUCAAGGAAGUAGGAGCAAUUGAAAGUCCUGAAGAAACGGAAACGCACUAUGUACUAUAUACAAUACAUCCAGUGGCCCAUGGCGUCACCAUCGUUUAAUGCAUUAAGUCAAUGAGACAGUCAAACACGCGA